GUAGCUUCCAGGUAGCAGAGCUCGUACCAGGAAGUGGAUCGCGUCUCACUCGGUGAUAAGAACCCGCUGCUGACGCUGGAUAAGCCCGAACGCUAGAGCGACUGCCAAGCAACACCAUGGAGGAACAAAGUGCAGACAUAGAAGUGACAGUCAAAACCUUAGACUCACAGAGCAGAACCUACACUGUUGGCGGUCAGUUGACAGUGAAAGAGUUCAAGGACCAUAUUGCUCCUUCAGUGGGUAUCCCUGUGGACAAACAGAGACUGAUCUACCAGGGCAGAGUGCUACAGGAUGAACGAACUCUGGCAGACUACAAUGUGGGUGGCAAGGUGAUACACCUUGUGGAGCGGGCACCCCCUCCGCCCUCUCAGCCUGGCUCAGGGUCAGGAGGCUCUUCGGCUGAUAGUGGCUCCUCCUCGUCCUCCCAAGGAACACCCCAGGUGCCUCCACAUGAUCGUAAUGCUAACAGCUACGUGAUGCUCGGCACCUUCAACCUCCCUGUCAACAUAAUGGACCCCCAGCAGAUACAGAUGUCAGUCCAGCAGAUGGUGGGGGAGAAUGCCAGAAAUGCCAGAGUCACAACCAGCACUGGGAGCAACGGGUCUGUGAAUGUGCACAUUGACAUGGACCAACCGGUGCAGAGCGAGCCGAGGCUGAGGCUGGUGCUGGCUGAAAACCUGCUGAGGGACGUCAAUGAUGUCAUCCAGCGAAUGGAGACUCGGCCGAGUGACGCAUCCUCCCAAACUGAGACAACAUCUGCUGCUGCUGCUGCUGCCGCUGCCGCUGCUGCCACUACUACUACUACUGCUGCUGCCGCUCCCCCUCCUCCUUCAUCUUCUUCUACCUCCUCCACUCCAUCUCCUUCCCAGCCCAUGGACACCUCCCCACCUCCAACAACCCCCCCAUCUGCACCCUCCGCUUCUGGACACUCCGAGGGACCAACCCCCCAACCUGGACCCAAUCAUCCCAGCCCAACAGAGCUGGCAGAGAUGUUGUCUGAGCUACGGAGGGUAGAGGAGAGACUUCAGCCCUUCAUCCAGAGAGCUCACACCAUCCUGGAGACAGCCACCACCACAGAAUACAACAACAAUACAGAGAGAGAGGAUGACCAGCGGACUCUCGUCUUAACAAUGGAGUGUCUCCGUCUCCUUGGAAACGCCCUUGUGGCCCUCAGUGACCUCCGACUGAACCUCAUGAGCCCUGUGCCCCGCCACCUUCACGUGGUCCGUCCGUUCUCCCACUAUUCCACCCCGUCCAAUAUGCCUGGAGCCGUACACCACCACAUCCCAGUGCAAAUGAACCUGGGUGCCACAGUUACUGUUGCGGCUAACGGCACUGAGGGACAAGCCUCGACCACCCAGUCGGCAAGCCAAUCGGAGCAGGCAGGUCAGGGACAGACCUCUACCCCACAGACUUCCCCGUCCAAUCAGCAGGCGGGACAGGGACAGGCUGGCCCCCGGGUCAUCAGGAUCAGCCACCAGGCAGUCCCGGUGGUCAUGAUGCAGAUGAACACGGACGGCCAAGGAGCAAACCCUGCAGCAGCUGGUCAGCAAAUGCCCGGACAACCAGGUGCCCUCCCCCCUGACUUUAUGCGGAACCUCAUGCAACAGAUCAGCCAAUACGCCGCUGCCGUAGCUACUAGUGCCGCUACCGCCGCUGCCACCGGCCAGCCAGUCCCGCCGCAGCCCACCCCUCCCGGCUACAGCUCCACAGCCAACUCUUCAACUACCACCACGGGUCCCAACACACCCACCACCACUCCUACUGCUCCCCCACCACCUCCCCACACUGGACCCCAGGCCAGGGUUGUGUUCACCCGACCCCCUUUUGCACCCAACAUGCCCCCUGCGGCGUUUGGCACCAGAGGAACCACCAUCAAUGUGAGGGCUGCCAUGCCCGGCCAGCAGCCAGGACAGGCUUUCAACCCUGCCGCUCUCAACCAGAUGAUUAGUGGACUAGUCGGACAACUUCUGCUGCCGGGACAAAUGGCUGGUCAAACUGUCACAUCCUCAUCCUCCUCAUCCACAUCCACACCGUCCUCCACCUCCUUUCCCGCCUCUCAAACCACAACCUCUUCCUCCUCCUCUUCCUCUUCCUCCUCCUCGUCCUUUUCUUUCUCCACCUCCGGACCAACACCCCCACCCACUGCAAACAAUAGUAGUCCACAGAGCCAGACUGAGACCAACCCCAAUGAGCCCCAGUCCCAGGAGAUGCCCCCAGACCUCAGCCAGCUCCUGGGUUCUCUCCUGGGUGUAGCUGGUGCCGGCCCUGGAGGAGCUCCUUCUAUCACCGUCACCACAUCUGGUGUCCCAGCCUUCAUCCAGGGAGUCAGUGAGUUCAUGCAGCAGGCCCAGCCCAUCUUUACUCCACCCCCACCUCCCUCUGGUACUGCUCCAGCUCCCGGUUCAGGGCCCAACCCGAUGCCUAACCCCGCUGGAUCAGCUGAAGCCCUCAACCCAGAGUUAUUUACAGGCAUCGUCCGUGGUGUCCUCAGCACCAUGAUGGGCUCCCUGGGCCAAACCCAAAACGACACAGAGAGCAUCGCUCAGUUUAUGCAGAGGCUGUCCCAGGCAACCAACAUCUUCAUCAGUCCCGAGGAUCCUACUGGGUUUUUCGGUGAGCUGCUGAUGUUGGUGUGCCAGACGUUCACCAUGUCAGACCUGGUGAUGCUGCUUCACGGACAGCACCAACCUCUUGGUCGCAUCCAGCCUCAACUGUCCCAGUUCUUCACCCAGAACUACCUCAGUGGCAGAGAGCCCACCGACCAGAAUAUUGCUGAAUCUGCUGAGAGUCUUGUUAACGAACUGGAGGAGUACAUCACUGAGAGCUUUAGAGAGUCUUCAGUCACCGUGUUGGACGGCGUGGAUGUUACUCAGACCAACAUGUCCUUCUUCAGACAGCAGCUGACUCGUAUCGCCACACAUAUUCUGCGCUGCAGUGAUGAAACAUUCGGGCCCCGGCUGCUGCUGAUGUGUAACCAGGCUCUGUUCGAGUGUCUGGCCCUCAACCUGCACUGCCUGAGAGGAGACCAGAGAGCUCUGACUGCAGUCAUCAACCACAGAAUACGAAGGAUGUCGAGUGACAUCAGCCCCAGCCUGGUCAACUGGAUGACCAGCAUGAUGACGAUGAGGCUGCAGGUGAUUCUGGAGCACAUCCCGAUCUCACAGGAGCAGAUCCAGAACUACAUCGUUCACACACAGAGAGAUCAGUCUUCUGCAACUGGCACACAAGAGCCUGAACGAGCACAAAGUGCAACGAUCGUGGACAGCCCCUCACCAGCUGCAGCAACCACGGCAGAGGAGGCCAUGUCUGUGUCACACGACACAAGGGCAUCGUCACGGGAGACGAGGGUGUUGCCCGGAGACCUCGGAGCCGCGGGAGGGGCCGCGCCAUUAGGUGGCGACAUGGCAGCAGCAGGAGCUGAGGGAGGGAGCGAGGAGUCUGCUGGAGAGUCAGAGGCCUGGGCGGCUGCUGUUCCGCCUGAGUGGGUGCCCAUCAUCAGGUGCGAUAUGAUGACCCAGAGGAAGAUGAAGGCCCAGCCUCCGCUGUCCGACGCCUAUUUGCAUGGAAUGCCGGCGAAACGCAGAAAGACAGGACAGGGGGGUGCGAGCCUCCUCUCCCUCUCUGAUGCAGUGAGUCAAGCAGCCAGGACGGCCGGAGUUCGGCCCAUCACCUCUGCCGAGCGACUACAGGACGAUCUGGACACACAGGAGACAAAGGAGGCGUACGCAGAACAGGUCAAAGCCGACAUCAAGAAACGAGUGAGAGAAGACCCGGAUUUCAACUCUCAGCAGUUCCCCAACUCGCAUAGAGCUUUCUCCUCAGACUCGUAAUCAGCUGUAACCCACAAGUACUCUAGCUGUUUUCAUCUGUGUUCAGUUUUUGUAUCAUCGUUUAACUUCCCCGACCGCUCGCUACAGCUUCUCCCCACUGUGUGUACCGUUUUUAAGCAGCUAGCGGCUCUCGUCUAAUUUCCUAACGCUAAUGUGACUGCUUCCCCAGUGCCUAUUUAUUACUUAGUGUUUAUUUAGGUCAAACCUUUGCUGAGAGAAUGUCCCCGAUCAAAAAGAUACUAUAUUAGAUUUAAGUUUCACUAAACCUGGUGACUUUAGUUCUGUUACCUUGUGUACGUCGGUAUUUCUUUUGCUCUCUUAUCCUCGUGUAGCUUUGUCAACAUGGAGCCUGAGUUCUCGUUAUUUAGUGAACUUUUGCCUUCCUCUCGAUAAAGUGCAGGAGUAUGAUUUCAUGUGAUGAACAUGCUGUACAGUAAGCUUAAUAAAAAUCUUGAUACAA